AUGGAAAAAGCUGACAAUUUAGGUGAGCUUCUUGAAGCUCAAACUCAUGUGUGGAAUGCAAUGUUCCAUUUCAAGAAAUCUGCAUGUGUAAAAUGCGCAGUUGAGUUGGGAAUCCCAGAUGUGAUCAGUAAUCAUGGGAAGCCCAUCACACUUUCUGACCUGAUUUCUGUCCUCCCAAUCCACCCUUCUAAAUCUGCCCACAUUUUUCGCUUAAUGCGAUUCUUGGCUAACUCUGGAUUCUUUGUUGAAGACCCUCAAGGCUAUACACUCACCUCUGCAGGCCGGCUUCUUUUGAAAGAUGAGCCAUUCAAUGUUCGGGCAUUUAUUUUUCUAUCAUGUGAUCCUGCCUUGUUGAAGCCCUGGAAUUUCUUGACCGAGUGGUUCCAGAAUGAUGAUCCCUCUCCAUUUGAUACCGCAUAUGGGAAUAAUUUGUGGCAUUACAAUGCUCAAGAAGUUCGAAUUGGAAACAUGUUUAAUGAGGCCAUGGCUAGUGAUAAUCAGUUGUCGGUAGAAGUGCUGAUGACCAAAUGCAAGUCUGUGUUUGAAGGCAUGACAACUCUUGCUGAUGUUGGGGGUGGCACAGGCAAAGUUGCUAGGGCCAUUGCCCAAAACUUUCCUGGCAUAAAAUGUACUGUAUAUGAUCUCCCACACGUCGUUGCUAAUCAAGGAGGAGCUGAGAACUUGGAAUUUUUAGCUGGAGAUAUGUUUCAAAGUGUACCCCGUACUAAUGCAAUCUUGCUGAAGUGGAUAUUGCACAAUUGGAAUGAUGAGGAAUGUGUACAAAUACUUAGGAAAUGCAAAGAAGCAAUUCCUAGCAAGGAAAAUGGAGGGAAGGUGAUAAUCAUAGACAUGGUACUGAGUGACCAACAAAAAGAAGCUGAUGACCAUGAGGCAAUUGAAACUCAACUUUUCUUUGAUAUGAUGAUGAUGGUCCUUCUCAGAGGGAAACAAAGAAAUGAGAGAGAGUGGGCAAAACUCUUUUCUGAGGCAGGAUUCAAUGAUUAUAAGAUAACUCCAGUACUGGGCUUGAGAUCCCUCAUCGAAGUUUAUUAUUAG